GCGGAGCGGCGGCUCCUCCCCGGGGCGGAGGGACGCGUUCGCCGCCUCCCGCCCGCCGCCGCCGCGGGGACUCGGUGCCGGGCGGCUGCUGGCGGCGUCUCCCGUCCCGUCCCGUCCGGUCCCGGGGAUGUCCGGCGGGGGCAGCCGGCGGCGGGCCGGCUCCUCCUGGCACAGCACUUUCUCUCGCUUCUUCUCCAGGAGCCCACCCGGCGAGGGGGCGGCGAACAGUUCUGAAAACAAAGGGAGCGCAGCCAUAAAUUCAAAGAGCAGCCAAAAGGAAAGCACAACUCUGCCUGCACUUUUGAAGGCAUGUCAAAAUGAAGAGAAGAACCAUUCCACAGAAGAGCUUAGCAAAUCUGAAAUCCAGGAGGAGCUGAAAAAGGCUAAUAGCCUUCCUAGCUUGACUCCUGGAAGUAAAACAUCAGACAAAGACAAGCAACCCCGAGAAGGCUUUUUUCAUUUCCUUGGAAGCUUAUUUAAUAUUGCAACAAGAUCUUCUUUGGUAGAAUCUAAACCCUCUACCUUCCAAGAUGAGCCCAACAGAUGUGAAAAGGAUUUACAGAGCACGAAUACCUUUCCGAAAAAGGACAUGCAGCCAAAGCCAAAAAUUGAAGAGCCUACAGCUAGAAAAAAAGAGGAUUCUGUACAUAAAGAUGGUGCCAUCUUAAAUAAUAUUGGGAAAGAUAUCACACGGGAUCUUCAAGGAGGCUGGAAACAAUCCUCAGAUACAGAAAAGCAGACACGACGGAAGGCAGAGGCACCUGCAGUCACAUACGCAACAUAUCGGGGUUCUGCAAGGAUCAGGCAGCUCCUGAGGAACCAGUCAGAAACGGGAAAAAGAGAAAAAAGUCCUGAGAACGGAAAUGUUUCAACAGUCAAAGAGAAUGGAGAAGUCCAGACAACUCUGUCUCUGAAAUCAGGAUGCCUAAUAGAAGAAAAUGGAAGAGAUGAGGGUAAAGAUCACCAAGAUGAUGCCAAAUUAAAUUUUUCUGCACUUAGAGUGGGAAGCAAACAGUCUGGUAAAGCUCAACAUUGCUUGAGCAGAAGUAAACGUGAAAGAAUUGCAAAGGCCCCAGCUUCAUGCACUGAAUCAUGUAAUGAGUUACAUUUAAGAAAUGCACCUGCUUUAGCUGCAACAAAAGUUAAAAGGACAUAUUCACUAGAUUCAUUAUUGCCAUUUAGUGGUAGAAACAGCGGGAUCCUAACCAAUUCCACUUCCCAGAGUACUCAUUCCCUUCAAGUCAGUUCUGCAAAUGAUUUGAUUGGAAAAGAUGAUGAUCUGCCAGGAGAAACAGGAGCUCUGUUUCAGACAGACAAAAAUGACACUUCCAACUUUGAUAAAGAAAUUUAUUGUAGUAAAGCAGGUAAUAAGGAAUCCUCAAAAGAAAUACAGGAUAAUUGUUUACAUUCACCCAAGUCAAAAAGCAAGACAGUUAAUGAAGAACUGCAGGUGGGGAAGGGAGAACUUUGCUGUAAUCAUCAAGUGAAUAAUCACUCAGAGCGAACACUGGAUGUCCAGAGGCUUCAUUUCAGUGCCACUACAUUUCAGCAGAAAGCAGAUCAGCACACCAGGAGUGACAAUAAAGAUGGUGAUCCAAGAAAUGGUGAUGCACAGAAAAUUGCCACAGCUGUGGAAAGAGAGCAAAAUCCACAGAACUCUCCUGCUACCGUUCUUUUCCCUUUUAAUGAACAAAUACCUACUUCACUCAGCAUGGAAUCCAAAGGAGGAAAGUGCUUGGCCACAGGCAAUCUGACUGCUUCAGAGUCAUUUAUUGGACAUGAUGAAGAUACAGUCAUGGGCAGGGGGACUUGUAAUGAAGAACUGAGUGGGUCAGAGAAAGCAGUGCAUGUACAGAAUGGUCACAGGCUAAUCCAUGUGGAGAAUUCUAAGGAUACUGGCACACAGCAGACUGGUUUUCCUUGUCCAGGAAUGGAGAGUGAGGAAGCAAUGAAGGUUUUGUCUGAGGUUGCAGUGGAAAACCAUGCCAAUGUGUCACCAUGUGCACAUGGGUGUCAAAGUGUGAAAGCACAUUUUGAUGAGCUGACAGUGCUUCCAACCCACGAGUCUACCUCUAUGAUGUUUCCUCAUUCUGCCUUGAGAUCUGAAGGAAGGCCUUUGACCAACCGUUCUACUUUCAGCCAUGAAAAAGAUGAUGUUGACUUAAUUUCUGAGUCGCCGCCUGUUUCUGAAAGCAGGUGUAUUAAUUUUUCUUCCAAGAAGGAAAACAGCAAUAAACUUAGGCUAUCACCCACAGUAAUUGAUUCUUCAUCUGACAAACAAGGAAACAUGCUGCCUUCUGCCACUAACUCUGAAAAUGGCCAAAUUGCUGCUUCUGAAAAGGACAGCUUUAUUUUUCCAGCUGCAGAGUCUGGGAGAAUGAUCCCUGUGAAUAGGAUGACCGAGGGGCCACCUUGCUUAGGAGACCUGAGAACUUUCAGCCCAGCAAAUUCUCAGGAACCUGAGAUUGCUCCUCCUAUGCUUGAUAGCUGUGCUGAUGGAGUAGUUACAGAGGUUCUUUGCAUGUCCAGGCCCACUUUUCCUCUGGUAUCCAGAGAAGCCUCCAACCUUCCUGCUUCUACCUUGGAGAUGUCCAGCACUGCUCAGGGGAACAGUAAUUCUUCCAGAGACAGAGCUAGUGAUGGGGCAGAUGAAGCCUUCUCCACACAACAGGCUGACAGCAGUGUCCUGGCAGGAGCAAUGCCAUCACCCAUCUGUCCCUUGAUAUCUUUGGGAACUGUAUCUGAGUCAGCCCAUUCUGAGACUGUGUGUAGGGAUGCUGUGGGACAGGUGAUUCUUGGUGCUUCUGCUCCUUUGGAAGCCCCUUCUGGCCAAAAAGCUGCUGCAUCUGCCCAGGCAAGUAGUCUCUGUUCUGGGAAAGGACAGGAGUGUUCUUUCCCAGAUGCUGCUGUUUUGCUGAAGAAAGCUGAAGAAAUAGUAGACUUGGUUUUACACUUAGCUACAGAAGAAGUAAUAGCAAAAGAAGGCUUUGGUGUCUGCCAGCUUUGUGGGAACAAGGAUGGUUUAAUAAAUAUGGAUAUGGCAAAUUAUCAGAAGGCUGAAAGUGGACAGCUGGCAGCAGGAGAAAUCCAGUCAGCUGUGCAGUCAUUAAAAGAUUUUAAUGAGACCGGUGGAGGAGGCUCAUCUUUGUUUACAGGAAAUGAAAGAGUGGAUACAAAUAAUCAAGAUGAAGAGAUGCUCUCUUCCAUCCCUGAUAACAUUGACCUACAUAGGGUGCUAGAACUAAAAGCAAAAGAAACAGUUGAUGUGGUCAUUAACUCGGCCAUACAAAAACUGGCAUCCAGUCAGCAGGGAGGCACUGAGAGGAAAAUGUUUUCUGGAAAUAUUCAGCCUAAACCUGACGCUGAAAUGCCAAAGACUUUAAGUCUGGAUAUGAGGUUUCCUGCUAACAUUCAGGAACCAGCAGAGAUGGCUGAAACUCAGACUGUAGCUGUAAACUGUGAAAAGGCAGAUUGCUCAAGUCCUCCUUUGCUUCCAAAUUGUAUGGAAAAUGGCAUAGGUUGGCCCCAAAAAGAUGAAAAAGUAGCAAAUAAUGCAAUUAUUUGUCAAACAAACGGAUUUCUUUCCUCUGGCAGUUUAGCAAGGCCAGAAUCAGAUCUUCUGACACCAGCAAAAGAGAAGCACAAUGGAAAGGUGUGUGACCAUCUGGCUGCAGCAGAAAUGUGUGGCAAAGUAUCAGCAAUAAGUAGAAAAUCUGAUGGAACUUUACAUUUUAUAGAUAGAGAUGCUGCUGUGACUGAAGAAAUGCUUUUGCCAUUGCAGUUAAAAGGUUCAAGCAAUAAUACAAAUAUGCCAGAGUGCACACUGCUGCCAGCUGUAAAUGUUAAUUUGUCAUCUUUUAUGUGUGGUGAAGAAUGUAUCAGCCUGCAGAGUGACUCCAAAUAUAAAAGCAGCCCUCAGAUGUGUCUGGAAAGCAAUGCAGGGGACAGUUUAUAUGAGCACUGUGGGAAAGAGCCUGCAGAGGAAGUACCUGUACAAUUAAAAGCAACCUUACAAAAUUCAAAGGCAGUGGAAAGUGAAGAGCAACUAGCAGAAGGGGCAAAUGAGGGAGCAGAGGUUAGUACUGGAUUAGAUGCACAGUCCAUGAUACCUGAACUGUCUGUUCCUGGAGAGGCCAGUGAAGGGAAACACUGCUUCAACACAGUUUUUGCCCAAAGUAAUGAGAAUCUGAAGCUGGCACAAAUCAAGGGUCAGGACAUGGAAAGAAAUGAUGAGCUUGAAGAAAAUGGCCUGGACUGCAGCAAUGACAUGAAGGAACCAACAGAACUUUUGGCAUCUUCUCCACUAAUUGAACAGUGGGAAAACAGUUCUUUUACCAUCAUUUACGAAGGUGCUCUUCAAACUGAGAACAAAUCUGUCUCAACUGAUGAGAUGCAAACAGGUUCUCUUUCUCCUUCUGAUUUGCCUUCAGAUGAUACAUAUCAUCUGAGGCAUGCUAGAGCACAGAAGAAGCAGGAGUCAGUGUGUCUUUAUGGGCAGGACAGCAAGGUGAGCAAUGCAGCAGAGAGCCGAGGCUCGGAGUCCUUCCUGAGUGUGGAGGCCAAGCGCUACAGAGUUUAUCCCUUCUCUCUGUCUCCCAUCUACGAGGACGACAGCUCCCAGGAAGAUCUGCUGUCCACGGACGUGUCUCCCGAAAGCCGUCCUGGGGGGGUCUCCAAAGACAGCUCUGAGCACACCUCUGUGCUUUCCCUCCUCCAGUCGGUAUCCGAGCGCCUGCAGUUCACUGCCCGCUUCAGCACAGAGGAGGAGGAUGAGGAGGACGGGGUGGAGGAAGAGGAGGAAGAACCUUCGUAUGAGGAAGAUAUUCUUGAUGAUGAGAGAGAAGAAAACUGCCUCUCCAGUCAGUGCAGAGGGAGUUUUAAAGAAACCCCUCAAUCAAAUGACCAAAGCAGAUCUUUUCUUGAGCAGUCAUUUCUUCUUUCAAAAGAGCAGCUUGACUCACAGGAGCAACCUGAACAGUUUCCAGAUGUGUCUUCUCCCAGUCAGACACCGUGCAAACCAGUUCCAGAGAAAGCUGAUGCUGCUGUAACACAGCCUCCUACAAGUGUGUACUACCAGUACUUGAAAUCUGCCAGAAAAGGCCCUUCUGAAAAGGGGACCAGGUUUGGAAGCAUUCUCCAGGAUAUGCUGCAGCCAAAGAUUCACUGGUUUCAAGAUAACGCCGUGCCAAAACUGGGAGAAUUGUCAGCGAACCUCAUUGACAGGGCAAGUCUCAAAUACAACCCAAGACCAGGGAAGAUUAUUAUUUAUGAUACUUGUGGCAACAAAAGUAAACAAGAAGUUCAUUCAGAUGUGCUAGAUGCCUCAUCGUGGAUCUUUCCCAUUGGAACAGUACUUAGGAUAAUUAGAGGAUGUUGGAUUUUUUAUGAGAAACCAAAGUUCCAGGGUCGAAGACAUGUACUGGAAGAAGGAGAAGCUGUGCUAGAUCACCUUUGGGAUCUCCCAGGCGUAAAACAUCGAAGAAACCUCACAGUUGGUUCCAUCAAACACGUAACAAAGGACUGUGGCAUUCCAGAGGUGGAGUUCUGCCCGGCAGCUGGUAGUACAGAGGGACUUCCCAUCUGCAUACAGGGUGCAGUUGCCAAUUUAGAAGAGCUGGAUGUUGAGAAAAACCCUUAUAUAAGAGUCAGAUCAGGAGUAUGGCUUGCUUAUUCAGACUUGAAUUACAAGGGAGAGAUGACAGUUUUGGAAGAAUGUGAUUCACCACCUGAAAUUCCUUCAGCAGAUGUAAAAUCUCUGCGUCCCUUAAGAAUGGGUGGACUAAAGGUGCAAAUGCCCAUGAAUGUCAAGAUAAUAAUAUAUGAGAAAACCCACUUUGGAGGAUGGUCCAAAGAGUUUUCAGAAAACAUCACUUCUGUCCCAGCACUGUUUGGUAGUGAAGAGGAGUUUCAGGAAAUUGGAUCACUACGUGUAAUUGGUGGAGUAUGGGUUGCCUAUGAUAAGGAACGUUACAAAGGCCAUCAGUUCUUGCUGGAGGAAGGAGAUUAUGAGGACAGAUGCUCCUGGGGGGGAAGUGACAGUGCCCUGCUCUCCUUCCGCUUCCUUCAGGCUGAUUUCAUAGAGUCUUCAGUGGCACUUUUCCAGUCUGAUGAUGAAGAUGGGAAAGCAUUUGACAUCAUCAAUGAAGAAAUCCCUGAUUUGGAGCAGGUUGGAUUUGGCCCUGAGACGAGGUCGAUUCUUGUGAAAAGUGGAGUGUGGGUGGCAUAUCAGCAGAAAUAUUUCUGUGGAGAACAGUAUGUGUUGGAGAAAGGAAAAUACAAAUGUUUCUUUGACUGGGGAGGAUCUAGUAAAACCAUCAUGUCAAUUCGACCUGUUAAGUUGGAGCCCCUUGGGACAAAUGAGCCUCCACAUUUGCUCAAAGCUUUCAGUAAUACACAUUUCCAAGGAGCAUGUGUAGAUUUCACAGCAGAAGUUUCUGAUUUUACAUCAUUCAUACCAUGUUCUUUUAAGGUUCUCCGGGGAUGUUGGCUCCUGUGUUACAAAGGGGAAACCACUGACAAUCACUGUGUGCUGGAAGAAGGCCUCUAUGUUGACCUCAGUUCCUGUGGCUGCCCAACUGCUACAAUCAAAUCCCUCAAGCCUAUUCAAUAUGUUUUUGCUGAGCCUUCCAUCAGCCUGUUCAGCCUGGAAUGCUGCAAGGGCAGGGAGCUGCACUUCAGUGAAGCAGUCAAUUCUGUUUUGAACGAGGACCUUCAUUUUUACACCCAGUCUGUGUGGGUGAGAAGUGGAUUGUGGAUUGCCUACGAGGGAUGCAAUUUUUUAGGCAAGCAGAUUCUGCUGGAGCCCAGGGAGAUUUCAAACUGGAGUGAACACAGUGGCUGGAAGGCGAUUGGCUCCCUUCGUCCUGUGAAGCAGCCAGCAGUGUACCUGAGGGUGAGGAACAGGGCCCAGGGCAAGUACCUGACCGUGGCUGGGAGCCUGGCAGACAUCCGGGCCACCUCGGUGUGCGCGGCCCCGCGCAGCCGCAGCGACUCCCAGCUCUGGCACUACUGCCAGGGGCUCCUCAAGUCCAAGGCCAACAACACCUGUCUGGAUGUCAUUGGGGGCAGAGACGUGCCUGGGGCCAAAGUUGCCCUCUGGACAGAACACGGGAGGGACAGGCAAAAGUGGAGACUUAACGAGGAUGGAACCAUCACUUCAUACCUCAGUGAGCAACUGGUGCUUGAUAUUAAAGGAGGAAAUUACUAUGACAAGAAUCACAUCAUUAUGAAUCAGCCAGUAGAAAACAAGCCUUCACAGAAAUGGGAUAUUGAAAUAUUGUGAGUAAAAUCCACCCCACAGAUGGACUUUUUGUGGGCUACCAACAUGUAGAGGGGAAAAAAGAACCCAACUACUGAAGUCAUACACCACUGGAACCAUAAGCAGCAACUCCUAUUUUCCUUCGUGCCAAGCACCAGCUCCUGAAAGAACUGAAUUUUGCACAAAUCUGGAAGAUGGGAGGUUGAUCCAAUGUCUCUCUGCAGGGAAGCUGGUUCUGCAGAGGCUGCUCCUGUGAAAGCCACCAUUACUUUUCCUCUGAAGUAUGAAAGGUAAAUGCAAAAGAGCAGGCAGAGGUUCUGCAGCAUGGGAAGUGCAAGAGAUGAGGGGAAAUGCUGUCUUUGCCUUCCUCUCACCCUGCUGGAAGCUCACUGAGGAGUGAAUGCACUGAUGAGCUUCAAGGAACUUGAGCUGGGCUUUUAUGUCCCAAGUGAAACUGUUCAGGCUCCAAGCGAUCCUGAAUCAUGUCUCUCAUUGAAAUGCAAUUUAUUUUGUUCAUAAGGACACCUUUGAACUGGAAUUCCAGCUCAGCAUGUGAAAUGAGGCAAUACAGGGGCCUUUCACCCCCUAAAUGAUACUGGUAAGCCUUUGUCUUCUCUGCUUUUAACAGCACCAAAACCAACUCACCUUGGUGUGUAUUUCCAAAGGUGCCAGCAGCCUGCACUGCAGGGCUGGCUUCAUGUUCCCAGAGCAGCCUGGGGACAGCAGGGUCACCGUGGCACCAAGGACAGCUGAUGGUCACAGCUCGGAGUGCCAGGGCUCUCCUCAAUUUCCACACUAUGCAACCACAGCUAUUGCUCCAACAGAGCCAGACCUCACUGCCUGCAGGUGCUGCUUGAAAAGCUUUUCCUGGCUCUGCCACAGCCCCUUGGAAGGCUGUGAACACCUGAGGUGGAAGAGAAGUCCCUCAGCUCCCCGGCUUCAGCAGCACUAAAUUCAUCUUCAUUGAAAAUGGUUUUUUUUCCAGCAUUUGUACAUUCAGGGUAUGUAUUUCUAGGACUAUUUAAAGAGUUCAGGUUAGCUGAAGACAGAUAUUCCAAAAGCUGUGCCAGCUGUGCACUCAAACAGGAUCAUCCCCAAACAAAGACAAAACUCGAAAUUUGCCACAGAAAUAAAAUAUAUGGAUGUCUAUUUUUGUAUGAAAUUGAGUUCUAUAUAGUACUAUUUAAAAAAAAUCUACUUGCACUUACUAUUUUACAUUCUAAAAUUAUCAUAAAUUUGCUGUUUGAGUAAGAUCCUCAAAUGUAUGUAUAUAUUUUUUCAACUAAAGCACUUAAGCUUUUUUCCAUAUAAGUCAGUACAUCAAGUGUUCUGCAUGUGACUUUCCAUAUGAAAUUUUAAAAGCCUGUGUAAAAAGUUGUAGUUUUUUAAAUGAAGAAUGACUAAAUCAUACUUGGUGUCUCAAUGUUACAUAACAAAGUAAAGCAGGCUUUUGUACUUAAGAGACCUUGAAUGUAAAAUGCUAAAGCAUGUAUAUUUUAACUGUAUAAAACUUUUUAGGAGAAACAUUUUGCUGGUUGGUUUCUUUUUAAACAAACCACAUCAUAGUUUUCAGCAGGUGUUGAACACAUUGCUGUAAAAUAUUUCUUUUCCAGUGUCCAAAAAAUGGGGGAUAAGUAUAUUGAAUAUGUGGCUGUGCUGUUACAUGAGAUUGCAUAUUAAAAAUCAAUGAAGUAUUAAAGUAACUGCACCAGACUCAUCAAAACCCACUCAAGAGAAUAUUGAAGAUAUAGAUUCCAGCUACAGGUUUUUGGAUUACUUGCACUGGGGGAGGUAGAGGAUAAAUUUUAUUGUUUGUUUAUUCCAGGGAUGGCAGCAUCUGAGGGAAAGAGGUGUUUUCUUGGGCAAAGUCUUCCCCCUGUGGGAACAGCACACACAGCUUUUACCAGGAAGCUUUUGUUCUGUCAGGGCAAUCAGACAGAUUUGCCUGCUGAUGAACUUCACAAAUGAAAAAAAAAAAAA